AUGAACGAGGCGUGUCCCGCACGGAAUUUCUCGGAGGUCUCCAAUACUGGACAAGUGUGCUCAAGGGGCUGUCUGCGCAACCGGGACUGUUGGAAACGUCAGUGUCACUGCGAUGGGGCCUGUGGCCUUAGCUGUGUCCGGAAGGGUCGGACCUGCCCCUGGCCUGUUUCUGUGGACAAUGCCACGGUGAGACUCCUUGGGGGAAACCGCCCCCUGUUUAACCACUGGCUGGAGGUGUCGUGCCUGCCAGGUUUCAUCACCCAAGCAGGCCCAACCGUCUCUCGGCACCGUUGCCAGGGAGACCAGAGGUGGAGUGGGUCUAUGCCGGAGUGCCAGGCUCAGCAAAGUCCAAAACAAUUCUGUGGGCCCCCCCCGGCACUUACACACGGAAGUUACCAAGUCCUGGAUCAAAGUUCGGACAGCUUCAUCAGAUACAAGUGCAACCCCGGGUUUGUGCUCAAAGGACCAGAAGUGAACUCCUGCGGUGAGGAUGGUUUCUGGACUCAGCAAGCACCAACAUGUACUGCCAUAUCCUGCCAACCACCCCCAGACAUCCCGCAGAGUCACCUGGUGGCUGUACAGAGAGACUCGUACCCUGCCGGAACCAGGGUCUAUUACCUCUGCCGCAGAGGCUACCGCAUGGUAGGGUCGCACAAGGUGACUUGUGACCUGCAAGGGGAGUGGACACAGCUGCCCACCUGCCAAGCACCCUGCAGCAUACCUGCUCAUCGGGACCGGAUGCUGUACCAGGGACGGAGGGUCUGGCAUUCGGAGAUUCCUGGCGGGAAGCUACACCACGGGGAAACUCUCGACUUCUUCUGCGAGGAUGUGGACCGUGGCUGCUCAUUCCUGGCCCAGGCCGUGUGUACCGAAGGGCAACUCGCCAUCCCCAGCUGUUACCAAGAGCCCACCUGGGUGCGGUCCACGUUCUUCCCUUGGCGUCUGGUGUCCGAGGGCACAAGCUGUGAACUUGCCGGAAGAAGACACGCGGAGGAGGGAACGUUCGACGAAGAGCUGAGUCAGCAAAGGGACGUCAGCUUGGCACGGGGGCAACAAGACUAUCUACAUGGCAGUGCACAAUAACUACCCCACAACCCCACUCCACGCUCUCCCGUCACCCCACUCCCCUCCUCACACAACCCCAAUCUCACCCUGUCUCGUCACCCCACUGCCCUCCCCACACAACCCCAAUCUCACCCUGUCCCGUCACCCCACUCCCCUCCCCACACAACCCCAAUCUCACCCUGUCCCGUCACCCCACACCCCAAUCUCACCCUGUCCUAUCACCCCACUCAAAUACCUGCCCCUCCUCCUUCCCUUUUGUUGCUUCACCUCUCCCCUUCUUCCACGUUCCCUCCUUACCCCCAAUCUUCCCCAACCCUCCUCAUAACCUCAUGCAUAAUCCCGCCCACUCCUCACCACACACCUCAGCUUUCAAAAUAUCAAUUAAAAUGU